UUGAUUUGUUUAGAGGUGAAUUUGAACUUCAAAUAGUCAAUUUAGAUACAUAAUGGUUGAUUUAAACGUUAAUAACAAAGUAGCAGUGAUCACUGGGGGGACCAGAGGUCUUGGUUUAGAUUGUGCUGAAGCCUACGUUUUAAACGGAGCAUCAACAGUUGUUAUUACUUCAAGAAAAGCUGAUGCUUGUAAAGAAUCUAAAGAAUAUUUAGAGAAGAUUGCUAAAGAAAAUGGUAAAUCAGUCAAGAUAAUUUCAAUUCCUGCUGAUCUUACUAAAGAAGACCAAGCAGUUGAUUUUUUCAAUCAAGUUGCUAAACAAGUUGAAAAAGUUGAUAUUUUGGUUGCUAAUGCUGGUGCUACUUGGGGUGCUUCAUUAGAAGACCACCCAGUUAGUGCCAUUAAGAAAGUAUUAGACUUGAAUAUUGCUUCUGUGUUCCAUAGCAUUCAAUUAUUCACUCCCUUAUUAUCGAAAGCUGGUACUUUCGAAGAUCCUGCAAGAAUCAUUAUCAUGUCAUCCGUUGCCUCUUUGAUUUCUUCAGAACCAGUUGGUACUUAUGGUUAUUUGGCUUCAAAAGCUGGGGUUAGUCACUUGGGAAAGAAUUUGGCCGUUCAAUUGGGUCCUAGAAACAUUACCGUUAAUUCGUUGGCUCCAGGUUUCUUCCCAACCAAAAUGUCAAAGGGUCUUAUCUCUGCUGCUGGUGAUAUGAUGAUUGAAUCAAAUCCAAGAAAGAGAUUGGGCCAAAAACAAGACAUUCAAAAUGCUGUCUUAUUUUUAAGUGCUAAGGAAUCUAACUAUAUUAACGGUAUCGUUUUACCAAUCGAUGGUGGUAGUUACUUGAGUGGUGCCUUCGUUCCUUCUUCAUCCAAACUUUAAUUGAACUGUUUCGGGUCUAUCCAAAUCAGUUUCUUCUCUUGUCUUUAUAUGUUGUAGUUAUAUAUUAUAAUACAUGUGUGAUGUACGGAUGUCUAGU